AUGACGAUUGUUCUGACACCAUACUGGUCUAAUGGCGUCCAAAAGCUCAAGGUGCAGCCGACGGGCAAAGCGAACCGCGGGCUCGUACCUCCUGCUUUCGACCCCGCGAUUCACGUUCAACGAGCGCUGGCUCAACUCCGCUCGAAGGAUAAGCCUCUAGAGAAAUACAUCUUCCUAUCUGGCCUCAAGCAUGACGACGCGCCCCUAUUCUACAAGCUUUGCUUGGAGAACAUGUCCGAAAUCACGCCAAUCAUCUAUACACCUACCGUCGGAGACGCCUGCAUCCAAUUCUCCCACAUCUACCGGCGUCCUGAGGGCCUUUAUGUCUCCAUCAAGGACAAGGGUCAGAUUAAACAAGUCAUUGCCAAUUGGCCCAAGAUUCACGAGGCAAGAAUCUCCGUCGUGACUGACGGUGAGCAAAUCUCCGGACUUUUGUCGAGCGACUUCGACUUAUCUUUGGAACUAGGCUCUCGCAUCCUCGGCUUGGGUGACCUUGGUGUCAAUGGAAUGGGCAUCUCAAUUGGCAAACUCUCUCUCUAUGUUGCUGGUGCUGGUAUCCGACCUGAGUCCACUGUCCCCAUCACUGUUGACCUCGGUACCAACAACGAAACUUUCCUGAACGAUCCCUUCUACCUCGGACUGAGGCAAAAGAGGAUCACCGGUCCGGAGAUGGACGAAUUCAUGGACGAGUUCAUGCAUGAAAUGUCAAUGGCCUUCCCCAAGAUGAUGAUUCAAUUCGAAGACUUUUCAACCGACAAUGCGUUCAGAUACCUUGAGCGCUACCGCCGCAAGUACCCUGUGUUCAACGAUGAUAUCCAGGGUACCGGAGCAGUCGUUCUGAGCGGUUUCUUGAACGCGGCUCAGCUGUCUUCUGACGCCUCCGGCAUGCCUAUGUCGGAACACCGAAUUCUCUUCUUCGGUGCUGGCUCUGCUGGUGUUGGUGUCGCUACCCAAUUGAUGAGCUUCUUCACUUUGCAAGGGCUCUCUGUUGAGGAAGCUCGUUCACGCAUCUGGCUCAUUGACUCGCAAGGCUUGGUUUAUGACGGUCGUGGUCGACUUGCUGAGCACAAGAAAUACUUCUCUCGCAAGGAUUACAACGGCCCUCCCAUGACCAACAUUCUCGACAUCAUCGACUAUGUCAAGCCCACCGCCUUGCUCGGUCUGUCCACCAUCUCCGGGGCCUUCACCCCCGAAGUCAUCCAGGCCAUGGCUGCCAUCAACCCCCGGCCCAUCAUCUUCCCCUUGUCCAACCCUGUCCGCCUUUCCGAAUGCUCGUUCGCGGAUGCAGUCAAGUACACGAACGGCAACGUUCUCUUCGCCUCCGGAUCUCCUUUCCCCGAACAGCAGUACGGUGACCAUAUCCUUUACCCCGGUCAAGGCAACAACAUGUACAUCUUCCCGGGUAUCGGGUUGGGAGCGAUCUUGGCUCGCGCGAGCCAGGUCACGGAUAGCAUGGUUGAAGCCUCGUCUCUGGGUCUUGCCAACUCUUUGACUGAGGAUGAACGUGCUCUCGAUCUUUUGUAUCCCAGAGUAGAGAGGAUUCGCGAAAUCAGCGCUCACAUUGCUCGUCAAGUCAUCCGAGCUGCUCAGAAAGCAGGCGUCGAUCGCUCAGAAGCCCUUAGGAAGAUGAACGAUGCGGAAUUGUUGGCGUUCGUCAAGAGGAAGAUGUGGAAGCCUUAG